AAUAACAUGAACAUAUUGAUGUAAAACACAAUAAUUUCCCAUGGUCAUUUUUUAUAUCAAUUAUAAGCUUUUCAUUAAUUCUUUUUAUAGAUAAGGUUAUUACAGGAGGUCAUUCACAUGGUGAUCAUACACAUGGUGAUCAUUCACAUGGAUAAAAUAUAGAAUGCUAAAAUAAGUAAUAAAGUAAUGCUAUUUGUUAAAAUGAAGACUAGGAUAGACAUAUAAGAUUGAGUUUAUCAAAAUAAAAAAAAUAAGUUGAUAAAAUAAAUAAAGAAAUUGAAAAAACAGAUAAUUCGAAAAACUUAAAACCUUAUAUACUAUAAGUAGCUUUUGGUAUACAUGCAACAUUAGAAGGAUUGGUUAUUGGACUAGAAAAUGAUUGGAUAAAAUGUUUGAUAUUUGCAGCAGCAGUAUUAUGUCACAAAUGGGCAGAAGGAAUUACAGUAGGACUUUUAUUUAAAAAAGCUAAUAUUAAUUUGAAAGUAGCUACAAUAAUGAUUUUUAUUUAAGCUAUUAUGAAUCCUAUAGGAGUAGGAAUUGGAUGGAGUUUAAGUAAUUCAGGAAGCUUAGUUAUAGGUAUUUUUAUGAGUAUAAGUGCAGGAACAUUUAUUUAUAUAGCAACUUUGGAAGUUUUAGUAGAGGAAUUUAGUGAUAAAAGAUUUAGGUUUGAAAAAUUUAUAUUUUUUUUAAUAGCGGUAGGGUUUAUAAGUGGAUUAUGGUUUUUAGAAUAGAAAAUAGGAUAUGAAUGA